CAAACCUUAAAGGCUCAUUACAUUAUUUUUGUUGCUCGUGCCUGGUUGCUGCUUAUAGAUUGAAGUUCAUUAAAUACAGACUCUGGUUGUCUUUGAGGAAAUGAAGGUGUUUCUACUCCUCCUAUUGGUUGGCACAGGGUAUUGCCUUGACAGAACGCAACUCCAUGGCCUUAAGGCUCUUCUCAAAAACCUUGACGGAGCUUUCGCAACGUGCCAACUUGUCUUAUUCAGUGAAAUGGUCGACUACGACACAGCCGAGCAAAAAUGUCAGAACUUUGAUAUAGGUACGGGAAGUGGUACCGGAAACCUGGCAACUGUGUCAGAUGAGGACAAAAACACUGAUUUGAAGUUGCUGUUAGGCAUGGCUUAUACUGUGAAAGAUAAAGCCGGCAGGUGGGACGCUGAUCAAUGGGUUUGGGCUGGAAUGAGAAAAACGAAAAACAACGACGGUAGCAAAAAAUCUCGCGAUUACAACGCAGCGGAUUGGGAAUGGGCAGACGGGGCCAAUCCACAGGAUUUCAAAAAGUGGAUGAAAGGACAGCCUGAUCAGAGGAAGGAUGGUGACAACCUGCAGAACCAAAUGAGAAUCAGUCAUCACGGGGAAUGGGACGACACAUUCAAGUACAAAGAACACCCUUACGCUUGCGACUACCAAGGGAAAUAUAUCCUCUCCAGUACUUUGUCGACUUGGAGCCAAGCUAAAGCGGCUUGUGAAAAAGCUGGACUACAGCUGGCAAAGGUAAGAAGUGACCAAGAAGUAGCGGAGAUGUUGAGGGCGGCAAAUACGUUUCUGGGGCUCCAAGACGAGAGUCUAGCAACCUGGGAUGCUCCCAACUGGAUCUGGCUUGGUGGAACUGAUGCUGCUGAAGAAGGGGUCUGGACAUGGAUCGACGGAUCUCCUAUUGAUUAUUUCGAUGGAAUGAACUGGAGAGCGCCUAACCCUGACAAUGCUGCCUAUGUAGGUAAAGAUAGCCAAAACUCCCUUUCUCUUUCACGAUGGGGUGAAUUUGACGACUCCUUUGAUAGCAAGAAAAGACGACGACCAUUUGCUUGCCAAUGCCCAGGCACGUAAAACUUGGUGGGAGUCUGUGGCAUAGCUGUAGUAUGUAGAGGGAUUAUUGUGUAUGAAAAUUGAUUGCUUUAGGGAAAACUUGCUUCAGAAAACACAAAGAUUAUAUCAUGGAAGUUGAUAACUGUGGAAUAUUUAACAUAAAUAUUUUGAUCGCAAGAGAUCAAAUUUUUCAAUAGUUUUGAAAAAAUAAAACAACCGAAAAUGUUUAAAAAA